GAAGGUCCGAGUUCUUUAUGGUAUUUAAUGCAAAAGCAAUAGACCAGUCACUCACACCACACAGCUUGAUUGUAUGCGUUCUCUGCUGAAGCAGCAGAAGCAAGAGUAUUAUGUCUCUUGUAAGGGUAAUUACUCCCUGUAAAAUUCCUUCUUCCUGCAGCAACUUCGUCAUCCCUGUCUUCCGAAAUCCACGAAAUAAUCCUCUUGCAUUCCGAACGCUCCCUAAAUUCAAUAUCACUGCUAAGUAUGCCCAAAUCACUUCUUCUGCUUCUUCAACAACGCCGUCUGCUACUUAUGAUGAUACUAAUACUUAUCGAUGGAAACCUAUGUGCUUGUAUUUUACUCAUGGCAAGUGCACCAAGAUGGAUGAUCCUACCCACCUAGAGGUGUUUAAUCAUGAUUGCUCUAGGGACCUCCCAGUGAAUGCUGCUGACUUCAAACGCAAGCGUCCCCAAGAUUUUGAGUUUUUCUUGGUGUUUGAUUUGGAGGGUAAAGUUGAGAUUCUUGAGUUUCCUGUACUGAUAAUAGAUGCAAAAACCAUGGCUUUUGUGGAUUUGUUCCACAGGUUUGUCAGACCAUCUGCAAUGAGUGAACAAAGAAUAAACGAAUAUAUUGAAAACAAAUAUGGCAAGUUUGGGGUUGACCGUGUGUGGCAUGACACAGCUCUACCAUUUAAUGAAGUUAUUCAAGAAUUUGAGGCUUGGUUGACUCACCACCAUUUGUGGGAAAAGAAGCAUGGUGGACAUCUUAAUCGGGCUGCUUUUGUAACUUGCGGAAAUUGGGAUGUGAAAACACAGAUCCCUCGGCAAUGCACAGUUUCAAAGAUAAAGCUUCCUCGAUACUUUAUGGAGUGGAUCAAUCUAAAAGAUGUUUAUCAAAAUUUUUAUAAUCCAAAGCAAGAGGCUAGAGGAAUGAGGACAAUGAUGCAGCAACUGAAAAUACCAAUGCUGGGAAGUCAUCAUCUUGGAAUUGAUGACACUAAAAACGUAGCAAGGAUUUUACAGAGAAUGCUUGCAGAUGGUGCAGUGAUACCAAUUACUGCUUGGAGGAAUCCUGAUUCAAUUGGAAAUGUUAACUUUCUGUAUAAGAACCGCAUUUAGCUAUUUAAUUAGUUUUUGAAGGCUAAUUAUAGGAACAAUAGUACUUGUUUAUGGCGACUUUUCAUUUCAUUCUUUACAUAACAUGUAGCCCUGUUCAAAACUCUGGCCAGCCAGGUCUGUUCCGGGUUUAGUUGGGUUUGAAUUUUUUUAGCCUUGGCUUGACCCUGUCCCGCCUCUUCCAUGGGGCCUUAGAAGUAUAUAGCUUUUUUACUUGUUUUUUCA